AUGGAUGCUGCACCUUUGCAGAGCACGCGCUCACAUCCGAUGCUAGCGCGGAGGGUGUGUCGGUUCCGGGUUCUUGGCCAGGUCCUCCGUCAGGUACAGCAGGGCUUGCUCGACAAGUCGGUACUGGUCCUCGAGCGACGUCUGCGCCAUGGAUAUGUCGUCGGCCGAGCCCGGCACGCCGAGGCCCGAGAAGAGGCUGCCCAGCGGAUCCGCCAGCAUGCCGCUGGUCAGGUUGCUGCCCUCCUCGACGAGAGCAUCCGGGGCGCCCGAGACGGGACGCGUCAGACGCUCGCGGCACCGCUCCAGAAAUUUCUGGCUCUUGAGGAAGUUCAUCAGCGUGUCGUCGGGCAGGGGCAUCUCGCCGCGGUUCAUGGACACGGCCAUGCGGGCCGUGUGGUCGGUCAGGGAGACGAUUUCGCCCAGCAGGGACUCGCACCGCGCGCGGCGGGCCGCCAGGUCCUCGGCCACAUUGCCGUUGGAAGCUUGAUGCGGCAGGUUGCUGGUUUGGAACAUCUCGGGGGUGGGCAGGGGCAGUGCGGCGAGUUGCGACAUCUGCGCCGCGAGCGAUGCCAGUGCGGGCGCGAUGGGCGGCGGCGGCGGCGGCGGGCCAAAGACACGCGGUGUCGGGACCGCAGGUUGCUGAGCCUGGGACUGCUUCUGUUUCUGCUGCUGUUGAGGCUGCGCUUGGGACACGUGGGCCUGGGCAGGCGGCUGCGGCUGUUGUUGCGACAUGCCCUGCAAGAGCUGGUCUUCCUGUGCCUCCAGAGCGGCUUCCUGCUGCUUCAGUCGAUUCUGCCUCUGCUGCCGCUUCUGGCGCUGCUUACGCUGCCGAGCGGUUCCUGGGGGUCCGCUCGGUGCAGACGCCAAAGGGGAUGGCAGGGUCGUAGGCGUCCCCUGCGUCCCCUGCGUCACCUGGGCGGGAUUCACAGACGGAGACGCUUCAGCUGGCGCAGCAUUGGCGGCGGUGGGAGCCUGUGCGGCGGCGUUCGUGGUAACCGACGCCGCUGGGACGACCGGGGCAGGAGGCGUCGGGACAGCUUUGCCCUCCGCACGGACACGGACCUUGACCUCGCCCUCUACGCCGUCGACGCGGACGCGUCGCACGCCAUCGGCUGGCUGCUGACCGUUGGCUGCUGGUCCACCGGUGGCAUUGCCGCCGUUGCUGGGGAGCGGGGUCGACUUGACGAGCUCGCGGACAAACAGGUUGGCUUCCUCGCAGCCGUCCAUCAGGUACUUGAGGCACAGCUGGACACGCUCGCGGGCAAAGCGGUUAUGGUCGUCGUAGACGCACGCAUUGAGCAGCGCGAGCAUGCCCUUUUCUUCCAUGAUUUGGCUCUGGACCUGCGCAUUGCCGGGGCUCGUCCUGCCCGGGUCCGGCUGCAAAAGGGUGGCGAGAAUAGACAGCACCUGUGUCUUAAUCCCGGCCCAAGGGAACUUGUACGCAGGGUCCUGAGGAAUCGGAGGCGGCGGCGGAGGCGGAGGCGGCGGAAGCUGCUGCUGCUGCUGCUGCUGCUGCCCGGGCCGUCCAGCGUUAGCAGCGGCAACAGCAGCGGCAGCUCGACCGGCCGUGGCACCGGCCAUGGCGGCAGCAAGGGCGGACGAGUUGGCAUUCGGCCUCUGGGCCGCCGCCUCGACCAGGGGCUUCUUUGGGAUGGCCUCCUCGAGCCCCUUGAGAAGCGCGACCAGUUCAAUGGCCAGCUCCCAGUCGACCAGCUGAGCACGGAUUUCCUCAAUCUCCGAGACGGUGGCAAAAAGCUCCAGCACCUGGCUCAGCCCGUCGCGGGCACGCUCCAUGUCCCAGGUCUCGAUGGGGAAGACGGAGCUGUCGGUGGCGCCGCGGCGAAUGUCGCCUUGCACGGACAUGAAAGCCAAGCACUCGGGCACAAUACGGCACCGCACCGUGCUGACCAUGAAGUGCACCAAGCGCAUGUCUCUGGCAUCGACGCGCUGCCGGGGCGGUGCGCCGUUGGACGCGGCGGGCAGGGCGUUCUGGCCAAGGUACUUCUUGCGGAAGAAGUAGGUGAUCAUGCGCAGCAUGACAGCCUGGGCAGGCGACACGACAUCCUUUGGAAUGCGCAGCUCCGUCCAGGCGUAGGGAAUCAACGACGCGUCGUGGAUGGCCUCGAGGAUCUGGGACGUGAGCUCCCAGAUCAGCGAGCUCUCCUCCUGGUCCCAGACGGCAAUGAAAACGAGCAGCUCACGCAGCAGGCUGCGGCCGCUGUCGGAUGCCAGCAGGAACUUGCAGCGCGCCUGCUGCAGACUCUCGCCCUGGGGCGUCAGGCCGCUGCCCAUGGUGUCGAGGAUGCACGACUUGAUAAUCAUGUGCAGGGCUUCGAUUUGCUUGGGGUCGAGAAUGUUGGGAAUCUCCGUGAGCAGGCCCAGGACGGGGCCCUCAGCGUACGAGUCGUCGUCGAGAUCGUCCCGGUCGCUAUGGGGCCCGCCGUGAUGGUGAUCGUCAUCGUCAUCCUCCAGGUCGUCGUCGUUGUCGUCUUCGUAAUUGUCAUCGAUAGGGUUACCGUGAAUGUCCAGGUAGGGACCCUCGUGUUCAUCGUCGGUAUGAUCAUGAUGUUCAUGGUGGUGGUGGUGGUCAUGGUCAUGGUCGUGGUCGUGGUCGUGCUCGUGAUCGUGAUCGUGAUCAUGGUCAUGAUGGUGAUGGUAGUGGUGAUGGUGGUAGCGGUGGUAGCUGCGGCCGUGGCUGUGGUUGUGAUGCUCAUCGUCCUCGCCAUCGCCUUCGCCUUCGCCUUCGCUUUCGCCUUCCUCGCCGUCUUCAUUGUCUUUUUUUACGUCAGCCUCAGCAUCCUCAUUGCUAACGUCACCGUCCUCGUCUGUACCGUCUUCGUCGACCUCGACCACACGGCCGUCGGUCUCCUCGUCGGUCUCCUCGUCGAGCUCGUCGAGCUCGUCAAGUUUGCUAUCUAA